AUGGAUACACCAUCAUCAGGGACGGCAUCGGUGGAUGUCGAGCAGGGCGCCAACGAGAUCCGCAAGCGAUUGACCCUCACCUUUCGCGAUGUCACUGUUCGAGUCACGGCGCCAGAGGCAGCAUUGGGAGAGACGUUGUUGUCGGUGGCUGAUCCACGACAGUAUCUUGGUUUUCUUGGAAAGGGGAGCAGGCCGAAGAGAACUAUUUUGAACGAUGUUACUGGGCAGAUCAAGCCGGGCGAAAUGAUGCUGGUUUUGGGCCGUCCUGGAUCGGGCUGUACGUCUCUUCUGCGGGUUUUGUCCAACGAUCGAGAGACAUUUGAUGAAGUCGUUGGGGAAACGCGAUAUGGAGAUAUGGACCAUAAAGAGGCGAAACGGUUUCGACAGCAGAUCAUGUUUAAUACUGAGGACGACCUGCACUUCCCUACGUUGACCGUCAACCGCACGAUGAAGUUCGCCCUGCGCAACAAGAUUCCCCGUGAACGACCCGAACAGCUGCAGAAUAAGAAGGACUUUGUGUCGGACAAGCGAGACGGGAUUUUGGAUUCACUGGGAAUCGGGCAUACACAAAAGACCCUCGUAGGAAACGAGUUCAUCCGCGGUGUGUCUGGUGGAGAGCGCAAACGAGUGUCGCUGGCUGAAGUCAUGGCUGGACAGAGUCCCGUCCAGUUCUGGGAUAAUCCGACCAGAGGUCUUGAUUCCAAGACUGCCGUUGAGUUUGCGCGUCUUUUGCGACGCGAAGCCGACCAGAACGAAAAGACCAUCGUGGCGACCAUGUACCAGGCGGGCAACGGCAUCUAUGAUCAGUUCGACAAGAUCCUCGUUCUCGCUGAUGGACGAGUGACCUACUGUGGCCCGCGCAGUCUGGCCAGGAGAUAUUUUGAGGAUCUGGGCUUUGUGUGUCCGAAAGGGGCGAAUAUCGCAGACUUUCUCACGUCUGUUACCGUCGUGACUGAGCGGGUUGUGCAGCCAGGAUGGGAGGACAGAGUGCCCAAUACGCCAGAGGAGUUUGAGAGGCGCUUCAAGGAAAGCGACAUCCAUUUGCAGAUGACGAACAACAUUGAUCCUCCAGAGAAGUUGAGCAGCGAGAGGGACGAUCUGGCAAUGGCCGUGGCGAGCGAGAAGAAGAAGCGCCAUGUCCCCCGUCCGCAGAGUGUGUAUACGGCCAAUCUCUGGGACCAGAUUGUCGCCUGUACUGUGAGACAAUUUCAAAUCAUGGCUGGCGACAAGCUCUCCCUCGUCAUCAAAGUCGCUGCUGCUAUUCUUCAGGCCCUCGUCUGCGGCAGUCUGUUCUACAACCUCAAGCUCGACAGCAGCUCCAUCUUCCUGCGCCCCGGUGUUCUCUUCUUCCCUGUUCUUUAUUUCCUCCUUGAUGCCCUUUCUGAAACUACUGCUUCCUUCACCGGCCGUCCGAUUCUCUCGCGACAGAAGCGCUUUGGAUUCUAUCGUCCCACGGCAUUUUGCAUCGCCAACGCCAUCACUGACAUUCCCGUCGUCAUAACCCAGGUGUCUUGCUUUGCGCUGAUUCUGUACUUUAUGGCUGCGCUGCAGAUGGAUGCAGGAAAGUUCUUCACCUUUUGGAUUAUCGUCGUCGUGCAGACUCUAUGCUUUACCCAGCUAUUCCGUUCCGUCGGUGCGGUAUGCAAGCAGUUUGGCAAUGCAUCCAAGAUUUCCGGACUGCUAACGACGAUCUUCUUUGUAUACGGUGGCUAUCUGAUCCCCUUUGAGAAAAUGCACGUCUGGUUCCGAUGGAUCUUCUACCUCAACCCUGGCUCUUACGCCUUUGAAGCCCUCAUGGCCAACGAAUUCGUCGGACUGAAGCUGAAAUGCAUUGAGCCUGAUUAUAUCCCCUACGGACCUGGGUACUUGGAUACCUCAUCGAACUUCCGCGGGUGCUCUGUCGUGGGCAGUGACGGAGCAGGCGUCAUCGAUGGCGCAGACUACAUCCGUGAACAAUACAGUUACUCGGCUGGGCAUAUCUGGCGUAGCUUUGGUGUCAUCGUUGGCAUGUGGAUUUUCUUCAUCGUCUUGACUGCUCUGGGUUUUGAAAUGCGCAACAACCAGGCUGGUUCAUCGGUCUUGCUGUACAAGCGGGGUAGUAAGAAGCAGGGCGCGAGUGAGAAUGCUAGCGAGAAGCCUGCGGUUGAUGCAGGUGCUCUAUCGCAGAACAUGAAGCACUCUACCUUUUCCUGGAAGGAUCUGGAUUACCAUGUCCCAUAUCAGGGAGAGAAGAAGCAGCUGUUGGAUAAAGUGUUUGGAUAUGUCAAACCAGGUAAUCUGGUGGCUCUGAUGGGUUCUUCUGGUGCAGGGAAAACAACAUUAUUGGAUGUUCUCGCGCAACGCAAAGACAGUGGUGAAAUCGUUGGAUCUAUUUUGAUCGACGGUCGACCUCAAGGAAUCAGCUUCCAACGGACUACCGGGUAUUGUGAACAGAUGGAUGUACACGAAGGAACUUCUACAGUCAAAGAAGCACUCGUUUUCUCUGCCGUUCUGAGGCAGCCAUCGACCGUGUCAUAUGAGGAAAAGCUUGCAUACGUGGAACAUAUCAUCGAUCUCUUGGAGCUGCGAGACAUCAGUGAUGCGAUUAUUGGAGUUCCUGGUGCCGGUCUCAGCAUUGAACAGCGCAAGCGAGUCACUCUUGGUGUUGAACUCGUUGCAAAGCCCACUCUGCUCUUCUUGGAUGAGCCAACAUCUGGUUUGGAUGGCCAGUCUGCGUAUAACAUUGUUCGAUUCUUGAGGAAGCUGGUGGACGGAGGACAGGCUGUUCUUUGCACCAUCCAUCAACCUUCUGCCGUUUUGUUCGACGCAUUCGACUCGUUGCUCCUCCUAGCCAAGGGUGGAAAAAUGACCUACUUUGGCGAGACCGGCCAAGAUUCAGUCAAAGUCCUGGACUACUUUGCCCGUCACGGUGCCCCCUGUCCCCCAGAUGCCAAUCCUGCUGAGCACAUCGUCGAAGUCGUCCAGGGAAACACCACCGAGAAGAUCGACUGGGUACAGACUUGGAGCCAGUCGGAGGAACGACAGAAAGCAAUCCAGGAGCUGGAUUCUAUAAACGCUGCGAACCAAGCCAACCCGAACUACGAAGAAGACACGGCCGAUUAUGCGACAUCGCACUGGUUCCAGUUCAAGACAGUCUUGUACCGUCUGAUGACGCAGUUAUGGAGAUCCCCAGACUACGUAUGGAACAAGAUCAUCCUUCACGUUUUUGCAGCACUGUUCAGUGGUUUCACCUUCUGGAAAAUGGGCGAUGGAACGUUUGAUCUGCAAUUGCGAUUGUUUGCGAUUUUCAACUUCAUCUUCGUUGCGCCAGGAUGUAUCAACCAGAUGCAGCCAUUCUUCUUGCACAAUCGAGAUAUCUUUGAGACACGGGAAAAGAAGUCCAAAUCGUACCAUUGGGUUGCUUUCAUCGGUGCCCAGGCUGUCUCUGAGAUCCCCUACCUGAUUAUCUGUGCCACGCUCUACUUUGCCUGUUGGUACUUUACAGCUGGAUUCCCAGUGCAAGCCAGUAUCUCCGGCCAUAUGUAUCUGCAGAUGAUCUUCUACGAAUUCCUCUACACCUCCAUCGGCCAAGCCAUCGCAGCCUACUCACCGAACGAGUACUUUGCAGCCAUCAUGAACCCCGUCCUCAUCGGCGCCGGCAUGAUCAGUUUCUGCGGUGUAGUGGUCCCCUACUCCCAGAUUACCCCCUUCUGGCGAUACUGGAUGUACUACCUCGACCCAUUCACGUACCUUGUUGGCGGUCUCCUCGGCGAGGUCCUCUGGGACGUCAAGGUCGAAUGCAACCCAUCCGAAUAUAUCCAGUUCGCCGCUCCAUUAGGCCAAACGUGUGGCGAGUACAUGGCGGAUUUUAUGGCUGAGCAGACGGGGUAUUUGCUGGAUGCGAAUGCUACGUCGACUUGUUCGUACUGUCAGUACUCUAUGGGGUCUGAUUAUGCGAAGACGUUUAAUCUGAAGGAGAAGUAUUACUCGUGGAGAGAUACUGGGAUUACGGCGCUGUUCUGCAUCAGUACUUAUGCGGUGGUGUUUUUGAUGAUGAAGUUGAGGAGUAAGAAGACGAAGAGUGCUCGAUCGGAGUAAACAGUUGGAUGUUGGUAUGU